GUCAGAAACCAUUAUAAAUACGACUUUCAUGCAUCACACCCUCUAGUGCUAACGAAAGUGGCGAACUGACUUUCCCUGCAAAACUCACAAGCACAAGAGAAAGGGAAAAAAAAAAAAAAAACAGAGAAGGAAAUGCAGCCAAAUUCUUUGCUAUUCACUGUCUUUCUUCUCUUCUUGAUCAUUGGAACUUCCAUAGCACAUGGCAAGCCUGGUAAUGGUGGCGGUGGGAAAAUGAGUAGUGGAUCUUCGGAAAGGCCUUCCGGGACCCCAAGUACAGGUGAUAGUGGCUCCGGCCAUGGCCCCAACUGGGACUACAGUUGGGGAUGGGGCUCGAGCCCCGGAAGAGGAUGGGGUUAUGGUUCGGGGUCUGGCCGAUCUCCCAACGGUUUUGGCUAUGGCUUUGGUUCUGGUUCUGGCUCAGGCUCAGGCUCAGGCUCAGGCUCAGGGUUUGGCUACGGGUCAGGAGGUGGUGGCAGCAGUGCUGGUGCUGGUGGAGAAAUUGGCGGCUCGGGUGGGAAAAAGAAGCAUCGCUGAAUGAUGCACUGGUUUGGUAAAACUGAUGGAAUUGCAUGUUCUCGAGAAGAAAAAUAUAUCUCAUGAUCAAUGUUAUCACGAGUUAUAAAAAGAGUAUCGUUUACAUUAUUGUUAAUUAUGUGUAAGCCUUGGCAGUAUUAUUAUGUUAAUAUCGUAUUAUGGAUUUUCCAUUGCGAUUAAGUUCUUGAUCUGUGUCUAUUUUAACUGUCAGUAUCUCAUAUAGUUUCCAUGCUAGGGAAAUGCUAUAAAGGAUGUUGUUCUAGCGAGUUAGCUAGGGCUUUUUGCAA